CGCAACAGCAGCUGGCUGGCUGUUGUCUGGCACUAAGCACCGUUCGUUUCGUUUUUCGUGCUGCACCACUCGAGCAGCAGUUUGUUUUCGUUUGGGCCGGCCGCCGCAGUGGUCGGAGGGAGGCAGGAGCGCGCCCCCCGCAGGCCCCGAGACCCCAGGCCGCCCCCUGAGCCGCCGAUUCGCUCGGUCUCGGCCCGAUUUUGCCGCCUUUCCAUGAGUGUCGACGCGGAGCGAAUCUCCAUUGCUGUUUGUCGGACGCAAGGUCGCUGCUGACUCGACUGCUCUCGCCACUAACAUGAAGAAGCAAUUCUUCCGCGUCAAGCAGCUCGCCGACCAGACCUUCUCCAGGGCGGGCAAGACGGAACUGCUGUCGGACGAUCUGCAGGAGAUCGACAAGCACGUCGAGUUCCUGAAGAACGCGUGCAUCAACUACAGCAAGAAGCUGAGCGCCUACCUGCUCGGCCAGGGCGCCGACGACGCCUCCAAGGAAAAGAGACUGAAAAAAUGCCCCGAGUACCAGCUGGGCCAGGCGAUGAAGGAGAGCGCCGCCUGCGACGACGCCUUCAUGCUCAAAAACAUUUUGGAAAAGUGCGGCGCGAUCGAGGUGACGCUGGCGCACACGUACGUCGAAAUGGACCUGCAGGUGGAGCAGAGCGUGGUCAACCCUCUGCAGGGCGUGAUCGACAACGACAUUCCCAGCAUCGUCAAGCACAAACGCAACCUGGCCAAGCUGGUGCUCGACAUGGACGCCGCCAGAACCAGGUACCAGACGGCCGUGAAGCACAGCAACAACAUGCCCGGCGCCAAAAUCGAGUCGAUGCGCGAGGAAAUGGAGGAGGCGCAGUCCAAAGUCGACCAGUGCCGGGACCUGCUGGCGACUGAGAUGUACCAGUUGAUCUCGAAAGAGGCGGAAAUCACGAAAUACAUCGCCGAGCACAUCAACAUCCAGAAGGCCUACCACGAGCGGGCGCUGCGCUACCUGGAGGAGGCCACCUCCGUGCUCGAGGGAGACCUGGGCGACAACGUGAUGCGGCCCGUGUUCGGCGAGGCGCUCGAGGAGCAUUUGCGCGUCAACAAACGCAAAAUCGCGUGGCCCAUCGAGCUCUGCGUCUGCUCCCUGCUCAUCCUCGGCAUGGAGGAGGAGGGACUCUUCAGGGUCGCUGGAGGCGCGUCGAAGGUGCGUCGGAUGCGGAUGAGCCUGGACGCGAACCUGCUUUCUCUGGAGGGUAGUCUGAGCUACAACGACCCUGCGGUGGUGGCUGGCGCACUCAAGUCGUACCUCCGGGAGCUGCCAGAGCCGCUGAUGACCUUCAAGCUGUACACCAACUGGCUCAACGCAUCCAAGGUGCCGGUGGCGGAGGAACGCGUGCGGGCCCUCAAGGAGGUGGUGGAGCUGCUUCCCGAGGCCAACAGGGACAACCUCACCUACCUGAUCAAGUUCCUGGCAACGCUGUGCAAGAACCAGGAGGUCAACAAGAUGAAUCCGCAGAACGUGGCCAUCGUGCUGGCGCCGAACCUCAUCUGGAGCCAGCAGGACGCCGGCAACGGGCUGAACAUGAGCACGGCCAACGUGCACAGCUUCAUCGUGGACCAGCUAGUCAGUCACGCCGAAGACUUAUUCCCUGGAGAAAUGGAUUUCUUCGUGACGAUCGCUAAGCCGGAGCCGCUUGAUAUGAGCGUGGCGCCAGGCGGCGGCCGGCAGACCAACGGCAGCGGCUCCAAGUCGUCGUCCUCGGACCAGGGCCACUCGCGCAACAGCAGCGCCGACACGCUGCUCAUCACGAGCACGCCAGACCCGGCCGCCGUGGCGGCCGCCGCCAUCAAACGCGCCCACUCCAACAGCAGCCUCACCGACCACAGCAGGUCCCGCUUCAAAAAUCUCGACGCCACCUCACCUCCGCCGGCGAGUCCGAAGCCGCUGCUGCGUCGGAAGAACAAGCAGGCGCCGGUGCCGCCGACGCCGACACCGGGGGCGGCGACGCAGGCGGCCAAGGCAGAGAAGGCAGAGCGGCCGCCGCGGCCCGCGCAGGCGCCCACGCCCAAGGAGAAGCCCAAGGAGAAGGCCAAGAGCGUGGAGGAGCGGCCGCCGCUCAAGGAAAUCUGCCCGCCCAAGCCGACGCAGCGCCACAGCGCCGAGCUCGGCGCCGACAACAACGAGAAGCCCGCCGUCGCCCAAAAGCCCCGCUUCCCCAUCGCCGCGCCCAGGACCAUCCUCAACGACGAUGAAAAGGUGCGGCCGGUGAUUGCUGAGAGACCUGCGAUUCCUGAGCGGCCGGCGUCGCUGCGGGAGUCGUUCCGCGCCAAGAGCUCGGAGCCGGUGGACGACGCGCCUUCUCCGAUCUCGCAAGGCGCCGCCCGCUUCUCGCCACCCGCGACUGAUCCUCCCUGCCUUGCAGAGGGAAAGGGCGCGGACUUGGAGGCGCGCAGGCAUAGCGACAACCACCUGUCCGCCUCCGAGUCGACCGACGACGAGAUCCUCGAGCCCGAAAGAGGCAAGGGCGGGUCGUUCCGCGUAAGCAAAAUCGCCCGUCCGACGCCGCCACCGCCGCCGCCGCCGAGCAAGACGGCGGCCGACAGCACCGACUUGUAGCGAAAAGUGCCUCUCAGCGCCGGAACAAAAACGACUUGUGAUCAACUCUUGCUUUCAGUGAUGGAGUCAGUCGUCACGGUUUCAGUUUUCCUUCCAACGAUCGGUACAACAAUAAUUUUUGAAUCGGAUUUUUUGUGCCUUACGAGAGAGUGAGAGAGAAAGAGAGAGGAGCUUUCCUUGGUUCUUGCACAAAACCCUCCUGACACACACGCGAAACAAAGAAACGAGAGCAGAAUCUUGUGUGAUAAUUCCUAAGUUGCGCUUGGCAAAGUUUAACGCUGUUGUAAGAGUGCAGAAAUUUAUAAAUAAAUAAGUAUAUUCAUAUUUAGAUUGUAAUAGAAGCUAGUGCCUAAUCAAAAAGACAAGAAAUUUGCUGGCAAACGAAAAGAAACUGCCUUGGAAGAAGCGUAUUCGUAUUUUUAGUCUUGUUGAGUCGCUUAACAUAUCCUAAUAAUUUAUGUUUCUCCUCCGCGCGUCCGACUGCCUCAAAUCCACAGCAUUUUAACCUUUGUAAAAUAAUUAAUUCCUCGACUUGCACCAGACGAAAUAAAAUAAAACACGCCGCGUUUAUUAUCACGA